AGAAGUAUAUGCCGUCUAAAAAGUGGAACGACAUGUAAAAUGAUCAAUUUGUGUACAUCCGAAUAAGAAUAUUUUCAUAAUCCUUUAAAACAAUGUCUUGAACUACUAUUCAUAUUUUUUAUACGAAGACAUUGAAUUAUGAUUUGAUGGAUAUGAAACAAACGAUUUCUACACAAAUGGAAAGUUACUUGGAUAAAUAUAAUGAAACUAAAGAGAUUGAAUCACCAUGUCAAGAAGUAAAACAACCAAAUAUAAUCAAUGAAGUAAAUGAUUUAACAACUAUUAAAUGUAUACAUUCAAGUUUACAAGAUGAAUUAAAUUUAUCAUUUUUCAAUCAAAAUCAAUCAUUAAAAAUAAAUCAUAAACAUAAUAAAGCGCCUAAAUUAAAUUAUAAUCACCGAGUGAAAAAUAAACAUUUAAAAAAUCAAUAUUCUAAUCAUGAAAUGAAUCAAAUUUCAAAUGAAUUAUCUUCUACAUCAUUAUCACCUUUACCAAAUGAAUAUAAUUCAUCUUUAUUAACACAAAUUAAACGUCAAUUUAGACAAUUUUGUGAAACAACUUCAUUACGUGGUGUUCCAAGAAUUGUUAGUACAAAAGAUUCAAAGCGUCGAUUUUUAUGGCUUAUCUUUGUAAUUUCAUUUUUUAUUGGUUGUAUCACAUGUUUAACAUUUAUUAUUAGUCAAUAUUUAGAAUUUGAUGUAAUUCAUCAACCUAAAAAAUUAUAUGAUCAACCACGUCCAUUUCCAUCUGUAACAUUAUGUAAUCUACGUCCAUUUUCUACACGUGAUAUAAGAAAAUUAAAAAAAGCUGGAGUGUUACCAGUAGAUAUGUAUUUUGAAAUGUUAAAACGUUUUAUGAUCAGUGUACCAAUGGAAUACCGACGUUAUUUAACUAUGCUAUGGGAUUUUUCUACCUAUUUAGCUAAUCUACCUGAUUUAGUUGAUGCAAAUAAUUUAGGUCAUACAUUAGAAGAUAUAGUGAAACGUUGUUUUAUUUUAUAUAAAACAGGUAGUGUAACAAGAGGUACAGCCUGUGAAAAAUCAGGUUAUUGGACUAAAACACAAGAUCGUGUAUUUCAUAACUGUUAUACAUAUACAAUUAAUCCGAAUAAAACAAACACAGCAUUAAACAUGGAACUUGUAGUUUAUUUGGAUAAUUUAAUUGAACAAACUGAUUGCUUUGAUUGUCAAGAAAGAGUCAUGGCAAGUCAGUUAACUGGUGCAAGACUGCUCUUGCACCCUGGUGCUUCUUAUCCUCGUGUAGCUGAAGAAGGUGUAAAUUUAAUGCCAGGGACAAUGACUGAUAUACGAUUUACAGUAUAUGAAUGGUCUAUGAUGGAACCACCUCAUGGUAGAUGCAGUAAAAAUACACCACAGUUUAUAUCAUUUAAUAAUGUUAACUAUACUUUUAGCGAAGAAGCAUGUCAUGCACAUAUGGUGCAAGAAAAAGUCGCUUCAAGUUGUCAAUGUUUAACGCAACAUUUACCAAUUCCAACGCAUUUACUUGGAAAAGAUUUAAGAAAAUGUCAAGCAUUCAAACUUCCAGCAACUUAUCAAAUGUUAGAUAACUUUAACGAAUCCAAACAGUUAUACUUUAAUGAUGAAGCAGUUUCCACUUAUGCUCGAUUUGCAGAGUGUGCAGAAAAAACUGGAACAGCUAUGGAUAGUUAUCAAAUAGGCUGUAGACCAGCCUGUGUUCGAUACACAUACAAACCGAGCAUAACAGCUGCUCAAUGGCCAACCAAAACAUUUCUAACAUGGUUUGUUACAAAAUUUAUAAAAGAAAUGGAAGCAUCCGGUUAUUCACGUUUAAAAUCAACAAAUAAUGAAACAUUAACUAUAUUUAAUGAACGUAUGGAAGAAAUUCGUACACCAUUACAACCUUAUGAAAUAAUUUCUAAUUUAACUAAACAAGGUCAUUUACAAGAAGCAAUUAAAAUGCUUAUGAAUACACAAAUAUUUGAACAAAAUUUUUUAUCUAUUAUAAUAUCACGACCAAAUUUUGAUUUAGAACGUGUUGAAGAAAAAGCUGUUGUAUCAUUAACUUCAUUAUUUAGUCAAAUUGGUGGUUUAUUAAGUAUAUGGAUUGGAUUAACAUUUGUAUGUAUUGUUGAAUUAGUUGAAUUAGGUUUAAAUGUAGCUGAUGCUGCUUCACAGCAGUUAAUUCUUACAAUACACAAUGACGACAGAAGAUCCAAAAGUACUAUACCCUCUGCAUUACCAUGUUUGGAAUAA